GCAUACUGACCACAACAGAAAACAAGCAGAAAAGUCACGGGGUCUUGCUUGUCGAAAAGUGAGUGAAUCAUUUGUAAUUCAUGCAGUAUGUAAUGUAAUGGAGCAAUAAUUUUUUGUAAUCAUCCAUCUUUAGCAAAAUCAGAUGAACUAUUUGUGGUUCAAUGGCAGUAAAUAUGCGGAGCAUUUUCUGUGUCUUUAAGGAUAGCAUUUGUUGUCACAAAUUUUCGGAACAGUUGGACUUGUUUCACCAUUUGUAUUUCAUUCAUUGGCUGGUACCCGUGUUGGUAUUUUUUUAACAGAAUGAGAAGCAACUUAAUUCUAAAUAAAUCUGUUGCAUUUAAACGGCAUGAUAAAUAUUGUAAUUUAGACUCUGUGAUAUUUCUGGUAGCUAUAGCAAUGUGAAGCACCAGGUUAGUGAAGUCUCAUGUGUUACCAUACUGGAGGAGAUAUUAUUAAAGCAGUAUGUUGUUUUUCAUUAUUCAUAUGAUUAAGGAAUUUCUUGGAGUGAAGAAAUUAUAAGCACUUUCACAUCGUCAUUUUCACUUGGCUUUUUAAAACCUAUUCCUGUUUAAACCUAUCCCUUUUCAGGUGCAGGGAAUUGUUUCGAACAAACUGAACCAGUUGGAGCGGAUUGAAAGGUGAUAUCGUUACGUUCAUUGGUGUGAAAUCAAGUGGGGGGAAUACUGCUUGCUUCAUUUUUCUCCUUGUCUUAAAAUAUGGGUAAAGUAGAAAUAUCAAACUCUUCGGAAAGUUUCGCGUACUUACCAAAAAUCAUAAAUGGCGGAAUUGCUGGUAUGGUAGGUAUAACAUGCGUUUUUCCAAUUGAUCUAGUGAAAACUCGUUUACAAAAUCAAAGAAUUACUAACGACGGGAAAAUUCAGUAUAAAGGAAUAGUCGAUUGUGCAGAACAAACGUGGCGUCAUGGAGGAAGAACUAUUUUUGCAAAAAUACGAGGGAUUUAUUCUGGUAUCGGAGUAAAUUUGUUACUUAUAACACCCGAAAAAGCUAUAAAGUUAGUCGCAAAUGAUUUUUUCCGAUUCCACCUUGCUGUACCAUAUCAAGAACAGUUACCUGUAAUGAGAGGGAUGAUAGCUGGUGGUGGAGCAGGAUUUUGUCAGAUUAUCGUUACAACACCAAUGGAACUUCUUAAAAUUCAAAUGCAGGAUGCAGGAAGAACAGCAGGUCAAACGGAACCAAAAAAAUUAUCUGCGAUCGGUUUGACAAUGGAUUUGUUAAAAGAACGAGGUAUUUUUGGCCUUUAUAAGGGCAUUGCUCCAACAAUGGCUCGUGAUGUCUCAUUUUCCGUCUUAUAUUUUCCAUCAUUUGCACAUCUGAACAGUUUGGGGCCUCGUUCUAGUGAUGGAAGCGGAGGCACUGUAUUUUAUGCUUCAUUUUUUGCUGGUUUGGUAGCAGCUGCUUUCAGUUCGUUUGCCAUAACGCCAUUAGAUGUAAUCAAAACGCGCAUGCAACUGAUUAGUCGUGGUGAGGGUGAAACAGAAUAUCGGAACAUCCAUGAUGCUUUCAUGAAAAUAUUACGACAUGAAGGCCCGCGAGCGUUAUUUAAAGGUGCGGUAUGUCGGAUGUUGGUAAUGGCUCCGCUUUUCGGUAUUGCACAAAUGGUGUAUUAUAUAGGAAUCGCAGAAUUUAUCCUUGGUAUUCCAAAGACUUCCCAUUAAUUUAUUUCUGUUUCUACUUAGAAUGCGUCUCAGUUCAUUUAUGCAUAUCUUAUUGUUUCUUUCUUGCAAUCCUAUAUUAUUGCUAAUAUUUCUCGAAAAG